CACCCCCGCCCCCGCCUAUAUAUAUAUAUAUAUAGACGUGUAUGUAUAUGUAUAUAUAAGUCUGCCCAUGAGAGAGGAGAUCUCUUUGUUAAUCAGGUGUGAUCAUCACUCACUGAGAUUUACCCACUAUGAAUCAAAGAAUAUAGGAGUAAAAUAACGUGACCAAAUAAUAAAACUGAAACAAAUGGUGUGAUUUUUUGAUUUAUCCCCCUGCAGUGGGUUUUUAUGCAAUUCUCUGCAGUGAGACUUUGCUCCUGCAAUUAGAACAAGAUGAAGGAGAAGAUGGGUUUUUUGUGUUUUGUUGCUCUCGCCAUUUUCUUCAACUCAAGCUUCGUUCUUUGCCACCCUACAGAUCCUCUCAAGACCAUUUUAGGAGAGGAAAACAUGGGAUCCUGGAGGGAUAACAUACUAAGUUCUAACGGCGAAGAAGCACCGAGUCCUGCUAAUAUUAUAAGCACGCUUUUAUUGGCGCAGAAUCGAACGAAUAGGCCCGACAUUCUGUCGAAGUUUCGUAAAUACCGAGGUGGAUGGGACAUUGCCGAUAAACAUUACUGGGCAUCUGUUGGAUUUACAGGUGCUGCAGCUUUUGUUCUCGCCGUAUUAUGGUUCACGUCUUUCGGUUUGGCUCUUGCGGUGCAUUAUCUUUGCGGUUGGAAAAUCAAAUUCAACGGCCAAGAAUCGAGAUGGUCGCUGCGGAUUUGUCUCUCGCUCCUUGUUUUGUUUACCGUCGCCGCAUCGGUUGGGUGUAUUCUGCUGUCUGUAGGGCGUAAAUUUCACGGACAAACAUUGGACACUCUGAAUUACGUAGUGAAUCAGUCGGAGUUCACUGUGCAGACACUUAGAAACGUAACGGGAUAUUUGUCAAUCGCAAAAACCGUUAGCGUGGCCCAAAUUUUCCUUCCGUCGGAUGUGAAGGACGAUAUUGACCGAUUAAAUGUUGACUUAAAUAAUGCGGCGGAUAUGUUGGAGCAGAAGACUGAUCAGAACUCGAUCCAAAUACGGAACGUCUUCGAUACUGUGAGAUCUGCACUGAUUAUUGUAGCGGCAGUGAUGCUUCUCGUAUCUAUUCUCGGUCUCGCACUCUCCAUCUUUGGCCAUCAGCACGCGAUACACAUAUUCAUAAUCAGCGGGUGGCUACUUGUAGCAGCCACGUUCGUUCUUUGUGGAUUUUUCAUUAUUCUGGACAACGCGAUAUCUGACACGUGCAUGGCGAUGGGAGAAUGGGUGGAAAAUCCUCAGGCAGAAACUGCAUUGAGUAACAUUCUGCCAUGCGUGGACCAGAGAACGACAAAUCAGACGCUGUUCAAGAGCAAACAAGUUAUCAACGAUAUUGUAAACAUCGUCAACGGAUUUGUGGGGUCCGUUGCCAACUCGAACCCAUCUCCACAGCCUAGUCCGAGUUACUACAAUCAAUCUGGACCGUUGAUUCCUCCACUCUGCUACCCCUACGAUUCCCAGCUGCAAGAUCGUGUUUGCUCGGAUCAAGAACUCUCUAUGGACAACGCUUCCCUGGUUUGGCAAAACUAUACUUGCAUAGUAUCAGCGUACGAGAUAUGCAGCAGGGUAGGGAGGCUGACACCCAACAUGUACACGCAAUUAGUCGGUGCGGUAAACGUUAGUUACGCGCUCGAACACUACGCGCCACUUUUACUCAAUCUUCAAAACUGCAAUUUCGUACGCGAUACCUUCCGGAACAUUACCUCGAGCUACUGCCCACCAUUGGAGCACUAUCUUCGUAUUCUAAACGCUGGAUUGGGACUCGUCUCGGUGGGGGUUAUGCUCAGCCUCGCUAUAUGGUUACUUUACGCAAACCGCCCCCAAAGGGAGGAGGUGUUUGCUAAGCUGUCUUCUCGGAUAAGAGCCAGCUGUACAAGUGAUAUUAAUACAGUGUCUGCAAGUGCAACUCCAGUUUAGUUGACGAUCUUUUUAAGACCCUUUACAGUAGGAUAGAUUUUUAUACCGGUGUUAUUCGAUACGAAAGUAGUAGUUGUUAUAGUGUUGAUGCAUGAAGUAUGUGUCUCCGUUUUUUUUUUUUUUGGCCGAACUUGAAGUGGGGGCGAAGCCCCGUCUCAUGUUAUGUGCUGCUCGAUGUUGUACUAUUGAAUUUUGUGAUAUAUAUAAAGUAAUCAGUUUUUCGGUCUU